GUCCGGUGACAAACGCCGUCAUCAUGGCGGCUCCAGCUAACAUGUUCCUGCCCGACAGUCGGCCCGCCGUCCCGCUGCCACGCUUCAGCCGACACCUGCACGCCUCUGAGGGCGAUGGUGGAGAGUCUGGAGUGGUUUGUGUCCGUCUGGGACUCUAUGCACAGGAGGAGGAAGAGACGUACCUGCAGAAAGCUGAUAGGCUGAACUCUUUGAUGAAUGCUGUGACUGACAAGUCGGUGUUCGGUGAUGGUGAGAACACGAAGGUUCGAGUGGCAGAACUAGAAGAGGAAGUUCAGACUCUGAAGAAAGUCAACAAAGAUUUGUACGAGUUUUCCAGUCAGCUGCUCACCAAACCCACAUAGACACAAUACAGCAGAAAUACACACUGACACAAAAACACACAUAGACACAAUACAGCAGAAAUACACACUGACACAAACACACUGUGUGAUGAUUUUUGUAGACAAUAAAAGUCUUUUAUUUUGUUGAA